AUGAUGAAUCCCGUGCAGGGGUCGCCGUCCCAGGACGCCAAACAGCUUCAUCAGAAAGAGGGAACGGAUACGGAGGGCGAGGAUCUGCAGCCGAAAGACAUGACCACAGAGAAAGGAUACAAACUCCAGCGGAUCAGCCUCCCGUUUAGCGUCGAGUCGCUGAUUUCCAAGAAGACCACCUGUCGGACUUCCUAUCCCCCCACAGAUUUAGCGCUGGCCCCGCCGAAACCUGCGGCCGGGCCAGGCGUGCCGUUCUCUCCAAGGACUCUUUACGCGGAGAGCAAGGUUUCCGCGGAGAGCUCGCAGGGUGUUUCCACUAGUUCCAGCGAGGACAGCCCGCAGUUUAGUGAGAAAGAUCAGAGCACUUGGUACCAGACUUCCACCUUUUCUACCCCGCCUCGUAACUCAAGUCCAAGUCAGUGUACUUUAAGGAAACACAAAAACAACAGGAAACCUCGCACGCCCUUCACUACCUCCCAGCUGCUGGCGCUGGAGCGCAAGUUUCGCCAGAAGCAGUACCUCUCCAUCGCCGAGAGAGCCGAGUUCUCCAACUCGCUCAACCUGACGGAGACUCAGGUCAAGAUCUGGUUUCAGAACAGGAGGGCCAAAGCCAAGAGACUGCAGGAGGCCGAGCUGGAAAAGUAUAAACUGGCCUCCAAGCCCAUGCUGCCCGCCUUCGCGCUGCCGCUCCCUCUCGGAGCGCACAUGGGCUCUCCGACAUGGGGCCCGUCAAACGCCUUCCCGAGGCCCAGUCUGCCGGUCCCAGGACUGUUCAGCGGACCCGUCACUUAUGGGAUGUACUAUUUGUCUUAG